CACUGAGAGAAAGUGAAAGUAUUUUAUCUGAGUUGAUCGGAGCUGAGACGCCAUUACAGGGAGGAGAUCUGAGCUGAAACACGAAGGUUUACUGGAUCUUAAAGAAAAAGCUGCAGAAACUUUGACUUGGACCUGGCUGAUUCUUUUACUGGAAGACAGAAAUCUGGAUCUUCAGAGACAGAAACAGGAGAAAAGCAGCUGAUGGUCUGCAGUAAACACCAAGAAGACCCUAAACUGUUCUGUGAAGACGAGCAGAGAGCUGUGUGUCCUGUCUGUGAGUUUUCUCUCCACCAGAGUCACAAAGUGGUUCCUGUUGAACAAGCAGUCAGAGAUCUGAAGCAGCAGCUGAAAUCUGACUUAGAGUCUCUGCAGGACAAGAGGAACAAACACAAACAAGUGGAGAAAACAUACCAUGAUGUGAUUCAACACUCCAAGAAGCAGCUGCUGUCCACAGAGAGACAGAUCAGAGCAGAGUUCAACAAGCUGCACCAGUUCCUGAGAGAGGAAGAGGAGUCCAGACUGGCAGCUCUGAGGGAGGAAGAGGAGCAGAAGAGGAAGACUAUCAGCAGAGAGAUGAAGAGGAUUGAGGAGCAGAUCUCCUCUCUGUCAGACAGCAUCUCUGCUGUUGAAGAAGAGCUGCAGAAAGACAAGGUGUCGUUCCUCAGCAGUUAUAAAGCCACUCAGAGCAGAGCCAGAGGUCAGAGGUCACUGCCAGAUCCACAGCUGGUCUCAGGAGCUCUGAUAGAUGUGGCCAAACACCUGGGCAACCUGUCCUUCAGAGUCUGGGAGAAGAUGAAGGACCAGGUGAAGUUCAGUCCCGUCAUUCUGGACCCAAACACUGCACGUGGAUGUCUCUACCUGUCUGAUGAUCUGACCAGCGUGAGACGUGGAGAAACAAAGCAGCAGCUUCCUGAUAAUCCAGAGAGAAACAUGAAGUACCCCAAUGUUUUUGGUUCUGAUUGCUUCAGCUCAGGGAAACACAGCUGGGAGGUGGAGGUGGGAGAUCAUCCUGUCUGGAUUAUUGGUUUGGUUAAAGAGUCUGUUGACAGGAAGGGAGAGAUAUAUCCUUCACCAAAAUAUGGAGUCUGGUGUUUAUAUCAUCAUGAUGAAAAAUACAUUAAUGGUGAUGGUAAAACUGUGACAGUGAAUAAAAGUCUCCAGAGGAUCAGAGUCCAGCUGGAUUAUGACAGAGGGGAGGUUUCCUUCUACGACUCUGAAGACAAGAGUCACAUCUACACUUACAGAGACACUUUCACUGAGAAACUCUUUGCUUAUUUCAGUGUUGGAAAAGCUGCUGAUGCCAAAACAUCUGAGAUCAAAAUCUAUGAAACUGAUUUUUCUGUUUAAAGUUCAAAGUUGUUUUAAUUCUCUGAAUCAUUUUGUAUUUUUAAAUCAAAGUUUCUAUUUGCAGUCAAACAAACUUUCCUUUUAAAUCUUUAAUAAAUAUCCUUGAUCAUUUUAAGGUUUUUAACUUUUAUUUGAAAUUAACAAAAAUAAAUCAAUAAAAUAUCUUGAUUUUAAAUUUUUCUGUUGUCUGAAAUUAGUAGAAAAUUGUUAAUUUUAUGAUUUUUUUUGUCUUCAGUUUUUCUUUUCAAUUGAAUGGAAAAAAAAACUGUUAAUUAAUGUUCAGACUAUUAACAAUAUUUAAUUAAUCUUUAUCCAAAAUUCUCACAACCAUUUAAUAUUUCUUCUUAUUCUGUUUAAUUCCAACAAAGAUGAUUAUUUUUAGUUUGUUUCUGUGUUUUGUAAAAACUGUUAUUAGAAGUUCAGAAAAAGGAUCAAAUAUUUUUACAAGUUGUUAACUGGGUUCUCUAGUCUUUUUAAAAUUGUUUAAUGAUUUAUUUUGCAGGAAAACAUUUAUUAAUAAAUAUUCAGAUUUACUUUUUUCUCUGUUUUCUGUUAUAAUUUUUCUGUUCUUCAAUCUAAAACUGAUUUCUAUAAAAUUUAAACAGUUGCUGAAAAUCAUUUUGUUAACUUUAAAAGUUCCUUCUUUGCUUUAACAUGUUUAUUUUAAUUUGGCUGUUGAAUAAAACUCUGAGC